AUGCCACAGGAGAAGCAGCAGUCUUCGCAGCCUCCCAGUGCUCCUCAGGGUUCCCCUGCCCCAUGCCCAAGCCCCUGCCUAGACCUCUCCUCUGCUCCUUGUGGGAUUCCCUGUUCAGGAGUUUGUCCUUCCCAGUCCCAAAGGCCUGGAUCUCAGAGCUCAGCCCGCGUCAGGAGGGCUCGCCGCCAGCCUCGCUGCCUCAGCGGUGGCAGGACCUACCCCUGCAAAGAGGAGGAGUGCUGAGGAGAUCCAGCGAAGGAGCAGGUUGACCUACCGUAG